AAGAAGCAAAAAAGCCACGCAGGCCUGAGAGAGCUCCCAAAGGAGAGGCCCCGGCCCAAAAGGAAUCCACAGGGGGACUUCAGGAAGAGAAUGCUGGCCGUGGGAAUGGAAUUCUCUGGACUCAUUCUUCAUUUACGGGGCUUUUUCUUCCCCAGAUCCUACUCCACUCCAGGACUAUGCCAAUCUGGGGCCAUGCUCCCACCAGCUGGUCACCUCCUGUCCCUGCUGCUGGUGAUAGGAACAGGGGGGACUGUGCCCAGCCCCCGGCUGUCUCCCCAGGGCUGCUACGUGGCAGAAGAAGCUGGGGAGCGGACAUUCCGCUGCAGCCAGGCAGGCCUGAGGGCUGUGCCCACCGGCAUCCCUAACGACACCCGCAAGCUCUACCUGGACGCCAACCGGCUGGCGUCCGUGCCGGCUGGGGCCUUCCAGCACCUGCCUGUCCUGGAGGAGCUGGAUCUAUCCCAUAAUGUCCUUGCCCACGUCUCAGGGGCCGCUUUCCAGGGCCUGGCGGGCACGCUGCGCCACCUCGACCUCUCUGCCAACCAGCUGGCCUCGGUGCCCGAGGAGGCCUUUGCGGGGCUGCAGAUCCAAGUGAACCUGUCUGCCAACCCGUGGCGCUGCGACUGUGCCCUGCAGGAGGUGCUUCGGCGGGUGAGGCUGGCACCAGGCACUGAGACGGGCAUCGUCUGUGGCCCGGGAGCCCGAUCAGACCUCGUGGGGCAGGAGUUCCUGCCUCUGGUCGAGGAGGAAGAGCUGUGUGGGACGGGGCGGGGCGGGGCCCGGCACAGCACCGACGUGGCCCUGCUGGUCACCAUGGGGGGCUGGCUGGUGCUGGUGGUGGCUUAUCUGGCCCAGUACGUGUGGGAGAACCGGGAUGGGACCCGACGUCCCCUCAAGCGGGCCCCCGUGCCGCCUGUGCCCUCUGAGGACUCCUCUACCCUCAGCACCGUGGUCUGAUGACCAGGGCUACUCCUCCGACCCUGCACCCCACACCCCUGCUCCUAUGCCCUCUCCUCUCCUCCCACCCCCUCUGCCUCCUCUGCAGCCCCUUCCCACC